UUUUCUACGUCACUGUUGCAUUUCUGCGGACUGCUGCAGUAGCUCCGCACAGUCACGCUUGGAUCCUGUUUUUCCUUUGAUUUGGUUUCCUCACUUAGUGAUUCUUGAGGUGAAAUGCCCUGCUGAACACGAGCAUGUACCGGCCCGGUAAACCUGCACACGGACCUCCGCCGUUUGGGCCUCCUCCUCCCCAUGGCCCUCCUUUCAGACUCGGGGGGCCCUGUGGUGUUCCUCCACCUGGACACUUGCCCCCACCUGGACCUUGCGGACCAUUUUUGGCUUCAGCACCGGAUAGCCAUUUUCUCCACAACAGGCCACCAAGAGGACAUUUCAUCCGUCCCCACUGUAGCAGCUUCUCCAUAGACCGUAAUACCAUGAUUGCUUUGGGAGGCAACCAGCAGAUUGUCCCUCCUGUAGAACCACUGCGCCAUCAGGUCCCACAGUGGAAUCCCACUCCUGUGGAACAUCAUCCACCAGACAACAGUGACCGAGCUGGCGAGGAAUUCCUGAGAUGUAUUGCUGCUAACAAGCCUCUCCCAGACUAUCUGAAAGGGAACAUGGCAUACAACCUGGCUGAUGCAUUUAAGUCAGCUAAUGUCCUGAAGGAAGCAGUCAAAUCAGACCCUGAGUUCCAGAAACAUCUGACCAAGAGCAAAAGUCGCAGCAGAAGUCGUGGCAGAAGUCGCGGAAGAAGUCGUGGCAGAAGCCGUGCCAAAUCUCGAGCCAAGAGCCGUGCACGGAGCAAGAGCCGAGCGCGCAGCCGAAGCAGAGGAAGGAGCAAAAGCCGUGCUGGCAGCAAAAGUCGAGGUAGAAGCAAAAGCAGGGCUCGCAGUAGGAGUUGGAGCCAGAGCCAAAGCAAGAAAGGUCACACACGGAGCAAAAGCCGGGUCAGGAGGUCAAAGUCACGAAGUAGCAGUAAUGAGAAAAGCUACGCCAAAGACAGAAAGAGAAAGAGGAGCCCCAGCAACAGCUGCAGUAGCAGCAAUGCUAGCUGCAGUAAUAAUCUGACAGGCAGUAGUCUGUUAGAGGGACUGAAGCUGGUCAUGAACAGCAAAGAAUUGGAAGACAGGUUGCCCACCCUCAAAGAUGCUAUCCUCACUAUUCAGGCGUCGGAUGAAAGCAAAAAAGUGGAGUAUGUGUCUGAGGAGCAACAUGACAGUCAGGAGAAUUCAGCAUCGUUGGAAAAUGACAGUAUGCUCCUUCCCCAUGACAGAGUAGGCAGUGACUUCUCUUGGCUCCAGGUGCAAAGUCAGGAAGACACUGUGGUCAGGAAAACUGCAGAGUUUGAUGACGAAGAGUCAUUCUUGUAUGGGAAUGAAGACACUGGAGAAAAACAAUCCAAUACUGCACUUUUUGCAGCAUAUUCCCAGAUUGGAGAACACGUCAAACCGCAGCAUAACAAAAUGGAGAGUUGCGCUCUUGACAGUCAGCAUCAUCAGAAUAAGUCCAUAUUCAGUAACUGUGGGGAUCUGCUUGAUUCGAAGCAACCCCUUCAAAUCAGUUCCUCAGGCUUAGCCUCUGCUAAUCUGGACAGUAGUGAGUGUGAGAAGAUAAAAAACAUAUUGAAAAGUCUAGGCACAGUGGACAUCCGUGAGAUAAUGGGAAAGAUGCAGGGGCAGAAGGAGGGGAAGCAUCUGUCUCCUGCACAACUUCCUGGUCCAGACCCAGCAGUAGCAGCCGUGGGAUUGCCAGCACUGAGUAACCCCAAUGUACGGCAAGCUUUGGAGUCUCUACAGUCACUCAUCAAAGCAACCAAGGAUAAGCGGACAAAAAGCGAUGGCAGUGGCACAUCUCAGACGUCCUCUGAUAAGCACAAGGCAGGUGACGAUGAGCGCAGCAAGGAGAAAAAAGCCAGAAUAAGUAAAAUGGAAUUUUUAAUGAAAGAAAUGGAGGGACUGUUGAAACUGGAUGGAUUGAGUUUUCUGACACCAGUGAUUGGGUUUUACUGCCAGAAAUGUGAGGAGUUCAUUGGAGAUUUGAAUAGUGCUGAAAACCAUGCAGCCAUCCACUGCCAUAGUAACUCUAGCUGUGAGAAAGUGCAGAUGGACAAGCAUCCUGGAGACAGCAAAGGACAUUCACGCUAUUCUAGCAGCAGCAGUAACCAACACCCACACCCCUCAGAGAGAAGAGAUCACAGGGGUUACGGUUCCCAUAGAGAUUCAGGAGACCACAGGAAUCUCGGAGAAUACCAACGAAACUGGAGGGAUGAGAGAGAUCACAGAAGCAAUCAUGACAAUGACCGCCGAAAUCUCAGGGCUGGGCAGGAAAACAUCUCCUUGAAGGAGGAGAUGAGGAGGGAGAGGAUGCUCAUAACAGUGUCCCGUGGACUGACACCGCCUCCAAACGUCAGGGUCAAGGAGGAGGGGAAUAAUGAGCUGGCUGUCAGGGGCCAUGGUAAACUCAAAGUGGAAGACUCAGACAGCAGGGGCUCCAAGAACAGCAGAGAGGAUGGCAAAAAAAAAGAUGAAAGCAGUGACAGCAGUGACGAUGACAAAGGAAAAACACGUAAUGCAAAAUCACCUAAAAAGAAAAAGAAGAAGAAGAAGGAGAAAAAGAAGAAGAAGGAGAAGGGGGAUAAGUCCUGAGUGUUGUAUUAUCCUAGUCAGUUUUCAUAUCCAUACCACACAGAUCCGUAAGACGAUUGUUACUGGCCAAAUUUCUGAAUGUAAAGUUCAGAGUUUUACAAUUACAGUUCUGAGAACCAUGUUAUUGUUUUCUUUUCUCCUGUUUUUUUGGUGGUGUGAUCAGAAGAUGGAGGUAGGAUCAACAGGUGAUUCAUCUCCAUGUUUAAAGGGACUGUCUGUCUGACGGGUGAGGAAGUGCAUUUGUUUACUUUCGACCAUACUCAAAAGAGAUGUCACAUCAGUUUCAUCCUUGCGCUUCCAGUACAGAGAUUGGUCUGAACUGGAGUUGAACACAAAGACUGGAAGCAGAGGGAGGUUUUGAUUUUUUGGAGGUUUAAUUUUACUCCUGUGAUGGAGCUGUCUCCAGUGUCUGUGCCAACCCAGACUAAAUGAGCCCCAGACUGAUCAUUGAACUGGACACAUGUAGAUGAAAUUGUGAUAAAUGUUCUCUUUUGGCUGUUGGUAUGUUGGCAAACAAGUACAUUUUCCAAAAUGUCACUGUACUCCUUUUGCUAAGUGGCUACCUAAAAUGACAAUUAAAAAUGACUUAAUGAAUAUGUUGGUGUCAUUGCAUUGUCUCAAGUAUGCCCUUAACUGCCAGUUUCAUCUUUUAAUUAAAUAUUUGAGAAAAUAA